AUACUCCCAGCACAGCACCGGGACAUGGAAUGUCCUUUAUGACAGUCACUCUCUCAAUCCUCCAUGCACCCUGAUCUGGUCUGAUUUCACCCCCUGUGCAGGGUUUCCCAUUCCCAAACCUGAGCUGAUCGCCCAGCUGGAACAAGGAGAAGAGCCAUGGGUGCCUGAUCUCCAGGCAUCGCAGCAAAGAGAGAUCUCAAGAGGCACCCUCACAGCAGGUGAUGACAGAGUGAGUGAGAACGAGCAGGGGAAUCAUGGGGAGCACAUUCCUGGGAAAGUGGAACCACAGGGGACCUUUGUGGGAAGACCUGAAGGGAAUUUUUCCCAGUGCUUGGAAGUGGGAGAAGCCUGGGGAAAUUGGCACAGGUCAGAGAAGCUGCUGGUUAACUACCCGAGGAAGGAAGUGGAUCAAUCCAUUCAAUGUUGGGGAGGAGACAAGGAUCCCACAGCCCGGCAAACAAAUCCCAAGGAAGAAAAACCCUGUCAGUGCCUCGAAUGUGGGAAAGGCUUCAUUCUGAGAUCACAGCUUGUGACACAUCAAACAAUCCAUACUGGAGGGAAACCCCUUCAGUGCUUGGACCGUGGAGAAAGCUUCAAUAACUGCUCAAACCUGAAUAACUAUGAGAGAAUCCACACGAGAGAGAAACCCUAUCAAGCACCUGAGUGUGGGAAAUGUCUGAGUUGCAAGUCAGCGCUAAUUACACACCAAAUAAGCCAAGCACAAGAGAGACCCUAUAAGUGCUUAGACUGUAGCAAAAGUUUCACAUGGAGAUCAUCCCUUAUUCAGCAUCAGGCAAUCCACACAGGAGAGAGACCCCAUAAGUGCUUGGACUGUGGGAAAAGUUUUAUACGUAGGUCAGACCUUGUUAAACAUCAGGCAUUCCACACGGGAGAGAGACCCCAUAAGUGCUUGGACUGCGGGAAAAGUUUCAUACAGAGGUCAGACCUUGUUAAACAUCAGUCAAUCCACACAGGAGAGAGACCCCAUAAGUGCUUGGACUGUGGGAAAAGUUUCACACAGAGAUCAUAUCUUGCAACACAUCAGAUGAUCCACACAGGAGAGAGACCUCUUAAGUGCUUAGACUGUGGAAAAAGUUUCAGAGACAGAUCAGCCCUUAUUAAACAUCAGGCAAUCCACACAGGAGCGAGACCCCAUAAGUGCUUAGACUGCGGGAAAAGUUUCAUUCAGAGAUCAGAUCUUGUUAGACAUCAGGCAUUCCAUACAGGAGAGAGACCUCAUAAGUGCUUGGACUGUGGGAAAAGUUUCAUAUGGAGGUCAGACCUUGUUAAACAUCAGGCAAUCCACACAGGAGAGAGACCGCAUAAGUGCUUGGACUGUGAGAAAAGUUUCAUACAGAGGUCAGACCUUGUUAAACAUCAGGCAGUCCACACAGGAGAGAGACCCCUUAAGUGCUUAGACUGUGGAAAAAGUUUCAGAGACAGAUCAGCCCUUGUUAAACAUCAGGCCAUCCACACAGGAGAGAGACCCCAUAAGUGCUUGGACUGCGGGAAAUGUUUCAUUCGGAAGUCAGAUCUUGUUAGACAUCAGGCAUUCCACACAGGCGAGAGACACCAUAAGUGCGUCGACUGUGGGAAAAGUUUCACACAGAGAUCAUAUCUUAUAAUACAUCAGAGGAUCCACACAGGAGAGAGACCCCAUAAUUGCUUGGAUUGUGGGAAAAGUUUCACGAACAGGUCAGCCCUUGUUAGACAUCAGGCAAUCCACACAGGAGAGCGACCCCAUAAGUGCUUGGAUUGUGGGAAAAGUUUCACACAGAGAUCACACCUCAUUAAACAUGGGAGAAUCCACUCAAGAUCUAAACUUCUGUGACAGAUGGCCAGAAAGGGUUAAGAAACUUGUAGGGUAAUUGACCCAGAUUCAACUUUAGAGACAUGUUUGAAAAGUGUGUAAAUGGUAAUUAGGGCCAUGCCACAUUAGAUAGAUUAGAACUUUGAAAUGUAAACUUUUAUUGU